CCUGGCUCUUGGCUCAGACUGACCAUGGCGGAGGUGGGCCGUGUCGCGGUGCGCGACCCCGGUACACUGCUCCCGGGUGGCUUCUGGGCAGCAGUGGCUGUGUGGCUGGAGAGGCCGCAGGUGGCCAACCGGCGGCUGUGUGGCGUCCGCGUGGAGGCUCGGCGGAACGCUGCCCUACCUCGGACGGAGCAGGAGGCUCGGGCUGCGGCGGGAUGCGUGUCCGAGGAGGGAUCGGGACGUGGUCCAUGUUCCCUCCAGGACUGUCCGAGCCCCAGGCCGAGUGCAGGCCCUGAGGAGCCCCUGGGCCAACGCCACCAAGGCGAGGACAGGAGGGAAGCAGCCGCAGUGCCUCUGCUCGCAGGAGCCCCGGGACAGCCCAACGAGGUUGGAGGCGGGGAGGGCGACUUCUCCUCGGAGCUGGAUUCUUUCUGGGACUAUUUCUCCCGAGGCCUCGUUGGCGACCAUCGGGAGCUGUUGGCCUUCCUCACAGGCUCAGGGGCAGGAUUGCAGCCACAGACUCAGCGCGAACUCGACGUGGUUCUCAGAACCAUCAUCCCGAAAAGGAGCCCGCAUUGCCCCCUUGCUGCUCCGAGAAGGGAAAUCGUCGUGCAAGAUGUCCUCAGUGGGAUGGUAACGUUUUUACCUCUGGAAGAAGAUGACGAAGGGAAUUUAAAGGUUAAGAUGAGCAACGUGUAUCAGAUUCAGCUCAGUCGCAGCAGAGAAGGAUGGUUCAUAUCUGUUUUGAUUUUCUGUCCAGAGAGAUGGCAUUCGGACGGGAUUGUUUACCCCAAACCCAGCUGGCUGGGGCGCCAGCUGCUGGCCAGGCUGGCCCGUUGGUCCGUGGAGAGCAAGGGGAGCGGGUUUAAAAGCACCCUGUCCCUCAUCCCUGUCCUGGAGUACAGCCAGACUUACCAGGUGCUCAAGGACAAGUAUAAGGACAUGGUUAAGGUGUGGCCGGAAGUGACGGAUCCUGAGAAGUUUGUGUAUGAAGACGUGGCGAUUGCCGCCUACCUGCUGGUGCUGUGGGAGGAGGAGAGAGCUGCGCGGGGCGAGACUGCAAAGCAGUCCUUCGUGGACUUGGGCUGCGGCAACGGGCUCCUGGUGCACAUCCUGAGCAGCGAGGGGCACCCCGGCAGAGGGAUCGACGUCCGGAGGAGGAGGACCUGGGACAUGUACGGGCCACAGACUCGCUUAGAGGAAGGCGCCAUCACACCCAGUGAUGAGACCCUCUUCCCUGGUGUUGACUGGGUCCUCGGGAACCAUUCGGAUGAGCUCACGCCCUGGAUACCUGUCAUCGCGGCCAGGUCUUCCUACCGCUGCUGCUUCUUCGUCCUUCCCUGCUGCUUUUUUGACUUCGCGGGGAAGUACCGCCGCAGGCAGAGCACGCAGACGCAGUACCGCGGCUACCUGGACUUCAUCCGGGAGGUGGGGGCCGCCUGCGGCUUCUGCGUGGAGGAGGACUGCCUCAGGAUCCCGUCCACCAAGAGGGUUUGUCUCAUCGGGAAAUCCCGGACGUACCCGCUCUCCGCCGAGGUUUCCAUUGACGAGCAGAGAACCCAGUACAUCAACAGCCGGCGGGGCCGCCCCACAAGCCCACCUGUCCGGGGGCCUCCCCCUGCCCCACCCCGGGCUGCUGCCGGCAGCCUCAGCCCCUGUGGUCGUCCGGACGGCUGCGGGGCCCUGGACCCCGGGGCAGAAGGCCGCUGGCUGCCUGGGUUUCACCCUAGAGAGAAAGUGGAGCCUGUGCGGAACUGCGCCUCCCUCCCUCGCGAGUUCAUUGACCAGGUGGUUUUGCAAGUGGCGAACCUGCUGUUGGGCGGAAAGCAGCCCAACCCCCGGGGCCCUCGCCAUGGGAGUGCGGACACCUGGCAUGGAGGAGCCAGCCUUCCCUUGGCAGAAGUGGCCCGCAAGCUGGACGGGGCCACUCUGCACAGACUGAAGCGGGAGUGCGGCGGCCUGCAGACACUGCUCAGGAACCGCCACCAGGUGUUCGAAGUUGUGAACGGCACAGUCCGCCUCCGGGACUGGAGGGAGGAGACGCAGCGGCCAGAAGCCAAGCGCAGACUGCUCUCCGAGGCUUUCAAAACCCGCCUGUGCUGGUUCUUCGAGCACCACCCCGACGGCUGUGCUCUGCCCCCGGCCUGCUGCCCUUUCGCCCACGGGCCCGGGGAGCUGCGGCCACCCCCUUCCACCACCAAGAAGCAGCAGCAGCAGGUUCUGUGAGCUGGGGGAGUCCCGAAGGAACACCUGUCCCGGCUCCUGAGCUCUCAGCUCUGCUGCUACCUAUGCUCCAGCCAUCGGCUCCUGCCCCCCUUCAGCACCCCCCAGGGACAGAGUACGUUCCUGGGGGCUACGAGUUCCCCAGCCAGAAGGAGCGGCCGAGCCUCUCCUGCCGUCUCUCACGCCCCAACCCCCCACGAGCCCUGCUCCUGGAUUUUGGAUUCCAGGGGAAAACGUCCUGAUGUGUUUUUACUUAAAAUUAUUUUUACAGCUUUACACACGAGUCCCAUCAGUAAGCACCGUAGUAGUGCCCCUGAUGUUCUGGGGAACGUAUCCUGGCGACCUGUGUGGUGUGGGUGUUUGCAGUUUGCCCUUGAGUGAGGAGAGUCCACCUGCCCCAGGCCUCUGCCCCUCGCAGCAGCGCACCUUGCGGGUGGUGGGUGACCCAGCUGGACGGGGCCGACCCUCCUCCGCCUGGGGCUCCCAGGCACAGCUCUGGGCCCUGAGCGGCCCCUGGGGGGAUCCCGAGUCCCUGGCAGCGGCUGCACAGGAGUCAAGCCCAGCAGCGCUUUUGUUUCUGGAGUUCCCAGUGCCCUGCCUCGGGGGCUCUGAGGGGAAGGGGGCGUGGUUCUCCUCGUGCCCACUCGCGCUCUGGCUGGCCGACAGGUUGUGUUCACCCCAGCGUCUGCGGCGUCCGACACGCGUGAACUGCUGUGACUUUCUGAUCACUUCUCUUGCUUGGGGUUUGCGGAACCUUGGAAAUCCCUGGGUUACUAUUUUUGAUCCCAUUUGGAAAAAUAGCCAGGAUUCUACAAACACUUUCUGCUCCAUGUUCUCUCCUAAAACCCCAGUUGCAUGAGUGUUGGGCCGCUCGACCCCGCCCUGCCGGUCGUCACUGCGCGCUUCAUUCCUCCGAGCUGUGGACCUAGUUUGGGGGCUUCCUGGCUUGACCUUCCCGUGAGGUCACCAGUCCUCCUUCCACUGCAUCUAAUUUGUGUUUCUAGGGUUUCCGGUGGGUU